AUGAUUGGCAUGUUUAUGAAGUGGAUAUUUUGCACCUGAAAAUGAAGCAAUUCCUUGCUUCACACAUCUUUGAGCUCAUCUGUGAGGUUGACUAUAAAAAUCAUUCUAUUCCAGAUGUAAGUUCACACAUCUGCCAAUUUUUUGCAUCCUGUCAAAAAUCAGAUUGCAGAAAUCAUCAUGUGGUUCCAACACCAUUAAUUCUACAUCAACGCUUGAAACUUGCAAGUCUUAAUUAUACUGUUGUUCGACAGUUGGAUGUAAUAUAUGAUCAUCAUGAGCUACUUAGAGAAGAUCAGAGUGCAAAGGUUCUUGGAAUACAAAGAAGAUGGGCUGAAAGACUUGUUAAAUUUCAUAUUCGUUAUCAAUCACCACAAAUAAGCUGCCCAGAAAUAACUCAAAUGAUACUCUCAGAGCUUCCUAAACACACACGUUCUGGACUUAUCCAGCUUGCUCAAAAUACAUGGUUGUUUAGAGAAUGUGUGAAUGCUGACAACUUUGCAGUUAUGUUAAAAUGCAUGUUUAUUUUGCAACAGCUGAGAGACAAAUGGUCUGUUGAUAAAUUUAAUUGGGAAAUGUCAAAAACAAUAGGGCUUUCCUAUUCUUGUGAAUUACCCAUUGGUUUUGAGGACUAUGGGUAUCACCAAGCAAUUCCAGUUGGAAGGCGACUUUCAUUAUUCUUUGAUAAUCUCUAUAAAAACAGAAUUUGUUAUGCAAUUUCACAUGCAAAAGUGUUUAUUCAAUAUGCUAUAAACUACACUCAACAAGUCCAAUUGGAUAGCUCUGAUGCCUUUGGUGAUCUUGUAUCUCUCAUGGAGUUUACAGCAUCAUUGAUUUUUGCAGCUAGUCCUAAAUAUUGUGAUUUUUGUCUCCCUCAAGCAUAUCUUGUUAAUUAUUUUAAAGCAUUUACUUUGAAACCACUCACUAUGGAUAGGCAAUAUGCUUAUGACAGAGAAAACUAUCUAGCUGCAAUUAAUGAUUCUUUCAAUCAAGUUGAGCAGUUUCUUUUGGAAAAGGAAUGUGACUCAAAGAUUACCCUUCGACUGAUACGGCUCUUGGUCCUCAUUGGCUUGAAUGAAUCUACUCUUGCACCAAAGAUUUUCAAUCUUUUCAACUACUUGAACAAUGAAAUCUCUUAUCCUAAGGUGGUCAAGAAAUAUAUAGCUGAAGUCUAUACAAAAAAUGGCUCUGUAUCAAACUCACUUUAUCGCCUUGUGAAAAUUUUGAAUGAUGACUUGAAGGAGAAUGGCUUUGAUUCUCUGGUUAUUGUCUAUUAUGAUUUGAGAGGCAUCUCAAAAUUUCACAGUUUUGAGUCACAUGGUAUUGUGAAGCUUAAAUACACUUCUAAUGAGGAAUUCCAUUCUGCUCUUCAACAAAUCAUAUUACCAAUAGCUGCCAACUCAAUGCCUUUCACUACUGUUAAUGAAGAUGAUAAUGAAGAUGAAGACAAUGAACAGUUUGAAGUUUCUGAUGAGACCCAAGAGCUGGUUACUGAAACCCAAACAUGGUUUCAGCAGAUCCACAAUUCUCCCCAUGCCAAUGAAGCUGCCACAAAAAUCCAAACCUGGAUUCAUAAGACUCUUGAUCAAAAGAAAUCCCGACAACUUCAUUGUGAUCGAUUGCUAGAAAAGACUUAUAAUGAAGUAACAAUUUUUUGCCAGAAUUCAUUGAGACAUAAAAGGCACAAGUAUGUUAUUCUCUUGAGAGGGCCAACAGUAGAUGUGAUUGUGAAGCUUAAUAAGCUGCAGAGCAAAAUGGAUGUAACCAAAGGAAAAUUGAACAAAACAACCAAUAAUCGUUCUGUUGAUAUGGACAAAGUUGAAGAAUGUGUUGAGCUACUGGAAGAUCUUAAGUACAUCCAUUAUGAGAAUGUUAAGCUAACAUUGGGCUCAUUGUCAACAACUGAGAAUGUAAUGGAACACAUGCAAGAAAACAUUGAAUGGUUGGAAAGUAAAUUACAAGAGGCACAUGAUAUAAUUAACCAGGUUCAUAGAUGGCUUGAUAAGUGCAAUAUAGCAGAUAAG